AACAUUUACCCCGCCACUGUUCCAACAUUCUUUUUCAAAUUCCUACAUUUCCGCGAGAUUGCGAGCUACGCCUUCCCCUCGUCAUUCCAGGCGCUUGGUAAUAUUAUGUAUUAUUUUGCGGCGUGUGAGUGAGGCCAGGAGGGCGCCCGGCUUCCCCUCCGGGCGAGGGCCGUGACAAAGGCGGCGACUGAGGUGGGUGGAACUCACGCGGGUCCGGCGGCGGUGUUCUGAGUGGCCAGGAUGGCAGAGUUGGCGCUGGGUGGGCCUCGCAAUGUGUCAGUCAGACCUAAAGACAAACUCCAUGGUUCUCCCAGCACCGGUAGCGACGAGGGCCAAGACGUUGGCUUCGGGGAUGACUUCGACCCCUUUCACGACGACCCCGACGAGCCAGAUGAGGUGGACAGCUCGCUGUCUGCCCCCCCCGAGGAGAGUUGGUACCAUGGACGCUUGGACCGAGCACAAAGUGAAGAACGCUUACGGCUAUUUGGGAAACUUGGAAGCUACCUGGUACGAGAGUCUGACCGUCGGCCCGGAUCUUAUGUCCUUUCCUACCUUGGACGCUCUGGAGUAUCACAUUUCAAGAUCACGGCAGUAUGUGGAGACUUCUACAUUGGUGGUCGGCAAUUCAAUGCCCUGAGCGACCUUGUUGGUUACUACACGAGUAUGUCCGAUCUCCUCAAGCGGGAAAGACUAGUUCAUCCAGUUCCACCGCCUGAGCCCGUUAAUGAUCUGCGCAAAGUUGUAGCCAUCCUUCCAUACACUAAAAUGGCAGAUACAGAUGAAUUAUCAUUCCAGAAAGGUGAUAUAUUCUUUGUUCAUAAUGAACUAAGCGAUGGUUGGUUGUGGGUAACCGCUCAUCGCACUGGAGAACAGGGUACUAUAUUCUCAGACCUGGUGGAGACCCUGGAUGAUGAUAUUGAUCCCAAUGUUGUGUUCUCAUGGUUCCACCCAGACAUUACUAAGAGUGAUGCCAUUGAUCUUUUGAUAAAAGCUGGUCAGGGCAGUUUCUUGGUGCGUCCAAGUGACAACUCCCCGGGUGAUUACACGCUGUUCUUCCUCACCAACAACAUUAUUCAGAGAUUCAGGAUAGAGAAACGUGGUGUCAAGUACCUGAUGGGUGGGAGAACCUUUUCCUGCCUAGAUGCUGUGAUCAAUAGAUACAAAACUGAACAGAUUUUAGAAGGGCACACUUUAGGCAAUCCAGUUUGUAAGACAUCUGGGGAGAGGCUUGGUCUGCCCAUAGUUCCAGUUAAGGAAGUAGAACAGCCCGAGAAGAUUUAUGCUACUCUUAAUGAAAUAAGGGAAAAACUUGGUGUAACUAAAUUUAAAGGGAUCCAGAAACAAGGCUGGUUAUAUAAAAAGAGCAAAAAGAACAAGAAGUGGAAGUGCUUGUACUUUGUUCUCACUGACAUCCUGUACUAUUAUGAUAAUCCAAAGCGCACCAAACCAAGAGGCCUAAUAGACUUGAACUGUUCCUACUUAUACCAAGUUCACGACAGCUUCUUUGAACGACCAAACUGCUUCCAAUUAGUUGAGAGGGAGUUGCCUUGCCUAGCUACUGUCACAUACUUGUGCUCAGACUCUCAGGAAAUGACCAACGACUGGAUGGCAGUUUUGCGGCCUCUUUGUGUUCCUCAGAUGGUGGGAGCACCCAAGUUGCAAACUCUGAAAUUCAUGAAGUCUCUGCAUCUAACUAUUAUGCAGGCAACAAGAUUACCCUCAAAGAUUGUGCCCAGCCCCUACUGCCUUGUUUCUCUUAACCAGGUGAAAGUGUGCAGGACAAGACCAAAGCCUGGCCCUGACCCUGUCUGGGAUGAAGAGUUUAUCUUGGAUGACAUUCCAUCAGAUGUUAUAAUGUUUACUAUCACAGUGUAUAACCAUGGGAAGCGCAGCAAAGAUUCAGAGGUUUGUGUGGCUGAGGUAAUGGUAGAGCUCAACAGUUUACAAAACGGUGAAGAAGUGGAGGAAUGGCACCAAUUAACGGGUAUUACACCUGUUGGCGAAUGGGGUGCUGUCAGACUGAGAUACAGGUACUUCCAUGACUUAAUCAUGCCAUGUGAAGAAUACAACAGUUUAAAAGAACUUCUGCUUGAUCCAAGUCUGGAAGCUGUUCAAGCGCUUGCAGAUGUCUCUCACAGGGAUAGAAAUCCCUUAGCUACCUCUCUGUUGCGCAUAUUUAGGAAUGAAUGUCGUGAGCAUGACCUCCUCCAGCGACUAACAGAGCACGAGAUUGAGAGAGAACAUGAGACUAGUACCCUAUUCCGGGCUGCCUCUCUUACCACAACACUACUUGACCUCUAUAUGAAGUCAACUUGCACAGAAUUCCUGACUGAAGCCAUCUCUGAUACCAUACAUAGGAUCUUAGAAUCAAAGCAGUCGUGUGAGCUCAAUCCUACAAAAAUGGAUAACCCAAUGGAUGCUUGUGCCAAUGCUGAGUUCCUCCUGAAAGUUCUGGAUGACAUAACACAGAGUAUCUUCUCGUCUGCUGCCGCAUGUCCAAUGCCUUUGAGAUAUAUCUGUGGGUGUCUACAACGUAAAGUUUCCGAAAAAUGGCCACAAGAUCGCUUGGUUAAAACAAGAGUAGUCUCAGGUUUCAUAUUCCUGCGAUUAAUAUGUCCUGCAAUCCUCAAUCCUCGACAGUUUAACCUCCUGCAAGAGCCUCCACACCCUGUAGCAUCAAGGUCAUUGAUCAUGAUUGCAAAGUGCCUACAGAACUUGGCAAACCUGGUGGAGUUUGGAGGCAAGGAACAGUACAUGGAAGUUGUGAAUCCCUUCAUUCUGAAAAAUAAGGAACGUAUGAUCUGCUAUUUGGACUCCUUAUCGAAUGUUGGUGAGCGACCUGAAAUAGAGGAACAGCCAGUGAAGAGUGAACCAUCAAGGGAUCUAGCACAGCUUCAUCACAUCUGUGUAACACACCUUGCAGAAUUAACUACGAAAGCCAAAACACAGGUAACUUUAAAGAAAUUAGUUACUGUGACAGAUAUGCUAAAGAAACACAAAGAGAAAUACCAGGAAAUGAUGAGGUGAUCCCCGCCCCCACCUGGCCCUGCAUAGAAUUAAUAUGCCACAGUGCCUAGGUGUCCCAAGGCGUUGCUGGCCGGCUCCUGCUCUUCUUGUAUGCCACAACGCAUAGGGGUCCUGAGCCAUCAUUGGACCACCCCUGGCCAUGCAGUGUGUUAUUGUGCCACAGUGCCUAGGUAUCCUAAAAUGCUGCUGGCCCCCUUCCUGUUCCACAAAGUGGUAGUGUGCCACAGUGCCUAGGUGGCUCAAGGCAUAGCUUAUACCUCUCCUGUUGUGCAAAGUAUGUGGAUUUUGACACAGAAGUGGUCUGAAUCACUACUGCUGCUGUCCUGGUUGAUUUGUGUUUUUGCAUCUCAGAAACCAGAUGUUCCAAGGUGUUCUAUCAAUGCUUGGAUAUACUGAACCAUUGUUGACUCCCUCACUCCAACAGGACAUCAGUACUGGAGCCUAGACCAUACAGAGCAGUUGUGGCUGAGGGUGGCAGAACAGUUGCCACAGUGGGAUGUGUAAUGUGGCCAAGACAACCUUUUAAGCUACAGUUUCAUUGUAUAUGAUGUAAAAAACAAACAAACAAACAAACAAGAUAAAUUUUGAAAAUUUUGAUUAGUAUGAUGUAAGUUUUGAUAUUUUACUCAUACUGUGGGUGUGAAUGAUGUACAAGUGUUGUGGAUGUGACUCCUAAACAGUUAGCGUGUUGUCGGAAGUACUGCAUGUGGGUGCUAAACUUACAAGACUCACAGGAUGUGAGUGUGAUUGUAGGAUAACUCCAAACAAGAUUUACAGCCAGUAAGUGGUAUGUAGGCCGUUUUGAGUUGCACCAAUAUAAUCUACAACCAAAUGAUCUCACAAAUUCCCACCAGUUGCCUGUAUUUCUGAUUCCAUAUUUCUUGCUGUUAAAAAUGAGUGGAUAUUACUACUAUGUGGUUCAGGUGAUAGUAGAAAUGGCCUCCAUGUGACCUCAUUGUAAAUAUGACCUUUAUGUGGAUUUACCAGAGGUAGCCUUUGCUAUCAUCAUGCCCAUUUAAAAUCAUACAUAGCUGCUAUUUCCUCUAGGGUAUGUGAGACAUGAUUGGUUAAAAUAUACUGGACCAUGGUUGGCCUGACUUCCAUAGCUAUGUAAGGGUUUCUUUGAUAACCAUGUCAGUAGGCUCAUGUUAACCACUAUCUGUGGCCAGGUCAUGAGUUAACCCUUCCAUUCUAAGGAUUUACCCUUGUGAAAGAGAGUCCAGUGUGAAAAGUCAUGUACCAUUAAUGCUAUGAUAUGGAGUAGUAGUAUCAUAACUUAAGUCAUCCUGGGGAUGGGUAUAAUAAAAGAUUCAGUAAGAA